AUGGCGAAUUCACAGCUAGAAGGCAUCUGCCGGAACUUAAAGGUUGCCCUGGAGGACACGGACGCGCUGUAUAGAAGCGUACAAUCUGGGUCAGGGGUGACGCCGCGUUCCUCAAAAGUGCCGAACAAACGUGUUGUACACUUCGGGCAAUCGCGAAAUCCAACCAGGGAGUACAAUCCGCCGCUUACUGUGCCGCAGACAUCACCCAGUCGACGCAGGGGCGCAACGUCCCAUCCGUCUAAGCCGAAUAUAUACGCCGAUUACGGCGAAGAGACUACAAAGGUCGAAAAGGACAUCCAGUAUGUGACUAAAGCGACGCAUAGUGAAUUCUUCCGGGCCCUCAAUGUUAACCUCGAUGGCUGGACGGAGGCGCAGAGGCAGGUGUUCUACAACCUCGUGACGAGUGCAGAAAAGCACAUGCACCUGGAAAGUGAGAGACUGCAGCGUGAGUACUCGUCGCAACUUGAUGCCAAGCUCGAGCUUGCACGCCGCGAGAUGGCUGAAGCCCAAGGUGCCGUUGCAGCGGAACUAUCGGAAUUACGAGUUGAGCGGGAACGCCGUGCCUUCGACGAUGUGGAGGACCGACGUCGCACAAAACUCAUGCAAGAUGCACUGCACAAUCUGCAAAAGUCGUACGACAAUCUCAUGGACGAAUGUACCGCCAAGUCCAACGAGAUAGUGCGACUCAACUCCGCCAUGGCAGUUACGGACCGCGCAAUGCUGGGACUGAAGCAGCGGGUGCUUGAGCUCGAGGGCGAAUUGAACGAACGCCUGCAACAAAUAGAGAAUCUGCAUCACGAGGUUGCAAAUGCGUAUAAGCAGAUGGAAGCUGUGAGCGGAAACAACGCGAAGAGCGAGCGCGAUCUUGCAUAUACAAGAAAUGAGCUCAAGCAGGCACGCGACCAGGUCACAACAUUGCAGCUGGAGGUGGAGUCGCUGAACCUGAGCAUGCAGCUCGCCUCCACAGAGAAGGCUGCAAUGGAGUCCAAGGUGCGCGCGUUGGAGAAUGAGGUGUCAGAGCUGGGCGCAGAGCGCCAUAAACUCGAGUUGACGGUAUCCACGCUCGAGAGCAGCACCGUCCCGUCACUGAAGGAACAGUGCAAGCUUUUGGAGGAGCAGAGGAACCUCGCACGCGUGGAGACCGCCACCUGCGACAAGCGUCAUGAGUUGGCCCAGGCAAAGCGCGAGCUCGAGAGCAUGCAGUACAAGUGUGACCAGCUGUCGGAGGACAAUAGGGUCCUGCUGCGCGAAAAUGCGACAUUAUCGAAACAGCUGCAGGAACUUAAAAAAAAGACGAAGGAGUGCGAAAACGACCUCUUCCAAAUGAAAUGCCAGGCUCAUCUCAUGAGGCAGAAAGGCUAUAGUGUACGUACGGCAGGUGCCCGGGCUGAUAGUGGGUCUGGCGGUGCUGUUGGCGCGGAGCUGCCGGAGGAGGAAACUGCCGACGCAACGCCGAACAGGGCGCAGCCGGCCAGACGUGACAUUUUCGCCCCCACCAUGUUCGACGGGCCCGACGAGGAAACGCAGGAGCAAAUCGACACCCUCGAAAAGGAGUUGACCGAGCUGCAUUUGGAAAAGGACCGCAUGAUCUCAGAGAUGACUCGGUGCCACGUUGGCCCAAAGUCUCCCGCCAAUGAGCGCAGACGGCACCUGUUGCUGGAACGUGGAGUGGCGGAGACGAAUCAAAAGAUACACGAAUUAUCGGAGUCUAUACGGAAGUUGUAUACGCCUGCUUAG